UGCCCACGUAUAAUCGAGGUUGAACCCGUCGGCAUGCAGCAUCCCAAAUCCAGCGAUUCUUUCCUUCAUCGUUCAGCCAUUAUUCAUCUUCGCGUAGAACAUUUGUCUUCAGUCCUUCCGGACUUAGAGCCACUCUAUUCUCCAAAUGACUUUGCUUUCGGCCACGCCAGGCCUAAAACAUUUAGUGCCAAUUUUGGUCGGAAAAGCGAGUUGAGGCAACAGCAAAGCGUCCAGGUUGCCAGUCUGCUUCAGAGACAGCUGUUUUGCGCCUUUCAUCUGCUCCCGAACGUUGAAGACAGCGACGUUGCAUCGGCGUCUGCUGUUAUCGAAGUAUGGAGAACAGGAUCAUACCUAACUCCUUCAAUCCAAAAUAUUUCGGAGAACCUUUUUGAUCUGUCAUCCAUCCGCAUCAAUAAAUUAACACGCAAGCUUGCUGGGAUGCAGCCUGGACGGCUAGUGGAUCGAACUCAAGCUCAGCUAGUUUCUGCUAUGCCCACUUCCGGCCAUAGGACCUUGGACCCAGAGACAGUUACCGCUUGA